AUGGACUAGAAUCCAAUCCCAUUGCCAAAAGAGUACCCUGUUCCCCAUGAUUUUCAUUCAAACCUCAGAAAGAAAUUUCUAGAUUUCUUCAAAAAACAAUUAGGAGAGUAAGCAAACAACAGUAUUGUAUUUCUCAAAGGGGCGGAGUCAAUUGAUAAACAUGAUGAUGAUUAAUAAUAUCGAGUGGAACAAGAGAGUAAUUUCAAGUAUAUCUUUGGAUGUGACUUGCUGGAUUGUUAUGGAAUAUUGGAAGUGGAAUCAGGAAAAGUGACAGUUUUUGUACCUAAAUAUCCUGAAUCAUAUAAAAUGUGGAUGGUCGUUUUCAGUAACGAAGAAAUCAAAGAAAAAUACAGAUUAGACGAUGUGUUGUACGUUGAUUAAUUGGAAUAAUGGAUUGAGAAAAGAGCACCAUCAAAAUUAUUCAUAUACAAGGGAUAAGAUUCUGACUCUAAAUUGAUAUCAUCGUAUCCUUAAUUCCCAUAUCUCUCAAAGUACAAGGUGGACGAGGAAGAGUUGUAUUGGACAUUGAAUGAGUGUAGAGUAACGAAGACUGAUUAAGAGAUUGAAAUACUCAGAUAUGUGGCUCUGUUGGCAAGUGAAUCGCAUGAGAACGUGAUGCGUAAAAUCAGAGUUGGAAAUAAGGAGUAUCAAAUGGAGGCUCUAUUCAAAUAUCACAAUUUUGUUUACAGUGGAUGUAGAUUCACACCAUACGAAUGUAUUUGUGCCUCAGGAACAGGAGGAUCUACAUUACAUUACAUUGAGAAUGACAAAACAAUUGAAGACAAAUAAUUAAUAUUGACAGACAUGGGUGCAAGAUAUUAUGGAUAUAACAGUGAUAUCACUGUCACAUUUCCAAGUAAUGGCAAAUUUGAUGAGAAAUAAUCAAUUAUUUAUAAUGCAGUACUGGAUGCUUAGAGACAAGUGUUUGCAUCUCUUAAAGUGGGAGUCAAUUGGGGAGACAUGCACUUUUUAGCUGAAAGAGUAAUUGUUUAACAUCUAUUGGAUGCUGGUUUAUUGGUAGGAACAAUAGAGGAAUUAAUGCAAAAUAGAAUUGGCAAGAUCUUCUUCUGUCAUGGAUUGGGUCAUUUGUUGGGAAUGAGAACCCAUGAUGUUGGUGGAUAUAACAAAGGAUGUCCUCCUAGAAUUCCAGAGUUGUAAUCUUUGAGAUUUAGGAGAGACUUAGAGGUUGGAAUGGUAUUUUCAAAUGAACCUGGCAUCUACUUUGUUGAUUUCAUAAUUUAGGAGGCAUUUAAAGAUGAAACCAAAGCCAGGUUCUUGAAUUAAGAAAAGAUUUCAGAAUUCAUGUAUGUGGGUGGAGUUAGAUUGGAAGAUGACAUUGCUUUGACAGCCAAUGGUCCUGAAAUACUAAAUCUGGUGCCAAGAUCCAUAGCAUAAGUAGAGGCAUGUAUCAGGGGAGAGGAUUGGAAAUUAAUUCAAUGAACAAUAUUGUAAUCAUCAUAUAAAAUGAAUGAAUUUAAUUUA